AUGUCGCCUGCACACUGGAACAUCCCGUUAGGAGUUUCUUCCUAUCAUCCAAAAAGGAGAAAAAAGAACCAGCGUGGAUUCAAUAGUAAUGGGUCUCAGGCUAAAGUGACGCCGUUUACAGUUAGAGUGAAGGAGUUUUUUAAUGCCAAUCCAUUGAAUUCUUCUUGUAAGUUUAGAUUUUUCAUGACCUGGAUAUCUUCAAUGGAGUCUUUUGGGGAUAGAGAGUUGUUUACCAUAGAGAGUUUAUUCAAAACACACCCAAAUGGUUGCUUAAUUAUAGUAUCCAGUUCAAUGGAUUCAAGAAGUGGGAUGCAGAUUUUGAGUCCCUUUUUGGUCAAGGGAUUUAAAGUGACUGCAAUUUCUCCUGACUUCAAUUAUUUGUUCAAUAAGACUGCUGCACAGGCUUGGUACAACCAGUUAAUGCAAGGAAAUGUGAAUCCUGGAGAGGUUUCUUUAGGUCAGAACCUCUCAAAUUUACUAAGGCUAGGAUUAUUGUACAGAUUUGGUGGGAUUUAUUUAGACACUGAUAUUCUAGUAUUGAAGAGUUUUAAGAAGCUAAGGAAUACAAUUGGGGCUCAGACUAUUAAUCCUGAAACAAGAAAUUGGAGCAGAUUGAACAAUGCUGUCAUGAUCUUUGACAAAGGCCACCCACUUCUUUACAAGUUUAUUGAAGAAUUUGCACUCACAUUUGAUGGGAACAAAUGGGGACACAAUGGACCUUAUUUGGUUUCAAGGGUUGUUUCAAGAAUCACUGGGAGACCUGGAUACAAUUUUACUGUGUUGCCACCUAUCGCUUUUUAUCCAGUUUAUUGGAAUAAGAUCGGCAGCUUUUUCCAGAGGCCGAAGAAUGAAACUCACUCGAAAUGGUUGAUUGCAAAGCUCAGCCGAAUUUGGAGCCAAAGUUUCACAUUGCAUCUCUGGAAUAAGCAGAGCAGAAGGUUUGAGGUCGAAGAAGGAAGCAUUAUCGAACGAAUAAUGUUUGAUUCCUGUGUUUUCUGCAAUUCGUCUUCGUUCGCAUCUACUUACUCAAAGACAUAAUGCUGUCUUGAUCAUUUUCUCUACAUCAGUUUGUUCCCAUAAAUUUGGGGUCCCAAUAAAUUUUGGGGUUGGCUAAAGGGAUGCUAUGCUUAUUCAGGUUCAUAUCUAGCAACCUACCACAUCUUUCCUCCUUUACAGGAGCGGAGCAAACACCCGGCAAACCUUUGCGAAGAUCUUGCUGGCUCCUCCGGAAAUUUUUUUCCUUGUAGCGGCCGUCUAGCGACUGCCUUGGCUCACUUAGAUCCGCUCGUGCUCACCUAGAUUCUUGGAUCAGCCACUGCUCCUUUGUAGUAGUUGUUGGGAUGGGAUAUGAAAAUUGUCGGCAGAGUUUUAGGAAGCGUAAAUGCAAAAAAUAAUAAAAAUUAAUUCUAAAUUAUAAUUUAUGAUAAGCAACAGAUUUGUUCCAUGCGGAUGUGAUGAGUGCCGGAAGUUUAAUCAUGCAAAUUUACGUUCCAUGCAACUUCAGUUAUGGAAGCAUAGUUAAGAUAUGAACAUUUUAUGGCAGAAUGAU